AAUGUAGGCAUAUGACGGAACUUGCCGUUCGCAGGUGGUGUUAAUGUACCGCUGCUGCAGUUGCUGAAGCUAGUCCGUUGAACUUUACAUAUUAUACAGAACGUUCUGUUUGCUUAACAGUUUGUGUUUCAUAUACAUUUAUUGUUUUGCAUCUGCCGAACCAUGACAACUCCCUUUGAAAAGCCACAAAUCAUAUCUCAUAUCCAGAAAAGUUUGAAUUACACAGUAUUUGACAGCAAAUGGAUUCCGUGUAGCGCAAAGUUUGUUUGUAUGGGCAACUUCGCCAGAGGAACCGGAGUGAUGCAGAUUUAUGAGGUUCAGCACGGAGAAGUUCAGCUGGUGAAAGAGAUUGAAAAAGCGAAGCCCAUAAAGUGCGGGACAUUUGGUGCCACGUCUUUGCAACAAAGGCAUAUAGCAACUGGAGACUUUGACGGAAACCUCAAUGUUUGGAAUCUUGAGGUACCAGAUGUUCCGGUAUAUUCUGUGAAGGCACAUAAGGAGAUUGUGAACAGUAUUGAUGGUGUGGGAGGCUUGGGGAUAGGGGAUGGUGCCCCUGAAAUUGUGACUGGAAGCAGAGAUGGGACAGUAAAGGUUUGGGACCCCAGGCAGAAGGACACACCUGUGGCAAAUAUGGAACCAGUUGAGGGAGAGACCAAAAGAGACUGCUGGACAGUCGCAUUUGGUCACGCAUUUAAUGACCAAGAUCGCUGUGUCUGUGCUGGAUACGACAAUGGGGACAUCAAACUCUUUGAUCUCAGAAACAUGUCACUUCGGUGGGAAAAGAACAUCAAAAAUGGGGUGUGCUGUGUUGAAUUUGACAGAAAAGAUAUCAACAUGAACAAACUCGUGGCAACAUCAUUGGAGGGGAAAUUCCAUGUUUUCGACAUGAGGACACAGCACCCCACCAAAGGUUUUGCCUCGGUUUCCGAAAAGGCCCAUAAAUCUACAAUUUGGCAAGUGAGACAUUUGCCACAGAACAGAGAUGUCUUCAUGACCGCUGGAGGAGCAGGCAACCUUCAUUUGUGGAAAUACGAGUACCCAGCUCAGAGGAGCAAGAAGGACACUGACAACAUUGAUAUGGGUGUGGCUGGAAUGGUGAACCUCCUGCAAAACGUGACUCUGUCCACGCAACCCAUCGCCAGUCUGGACUGGAGUCCCGACAAGCAGGGUCUCUGCGUCUGCUCUGCCUUCGACCAGACUGUCAGAGUCCUUAUCGUGACCAAACUCAACCGGGUGUAAGCUGAGCCUGCCACACCCCUCUCCAGCCCCCCCCCUCAGCCCAGGCUGGCACUCUGAGCUAAAGAGCUACGCAGGCCAGCACUGCACGUCAACUCAUUGCUGUCCACACAGUGUUAAUGUUCUAAAAAUUAAUACAAUGUCUUUUUAUAGAUAAGACCUUAAUAUGUGACUUGAUCAGAGUUGAGUGAGUAGAUGAGCGUGAGUUUCUGCGAUGCUGUUAUGUGAUUGUAAUUUCACUCACAGCCCUUGUUCUUAAUUGAUGUUGCUGUUCUAAAUUUGUUCAUCAGAAUUUCCCUUAAAUACACAACGUGAUAUGAAAAGUACCGUGUUCCAAAUGUGGCAUGUAACACAACUCAAGUAUUUUACAAAAUG